UGAAAGAAGGGGUGACGAAAGGAGAGAAGACUGUGUUUGUCCUUAUUAAUAUUAAACACCCAAGUCCGUACCCUUGAAGCAAGUGGGGAGAAGGGAGGGAGAGGAGCUGCUGACAUUGACAGUGAGUCCAAACAGGAGUUGCACUAGCGGAGUCCACCGUGGUGCCGCUGUUCACGCUUGGCCUUCUGGGAGUUGUAGUUUUGCCACGAGCAGCUCUGCAGAGGCGAGCCUAGAGUAGCCCUCCCUAGCUAAACUACCAUUCCCAGGUGGCGCUGGGCUCUCCGCCCCUCCCGCCCGGGUGCGAGUGUAAACUCACCACGCCGGGGCGGGCGGCAGCGCGCGGGCGAGCGGGCUGAGCUCGGCACUGCGCGGGGGGCGCGCGCGGUACCGGGGGACCCAGGCCCCGCCACCUUCCCUCAGCCCCUCGGGUUUCGUCCUCAUUUUGGAGCCGUGGAAAAACGGGGAGCAGGAGCCAUGCAGUCGGAAUCGGGGAUCGUGCCGGAUUUCGAAGUCGGGGAGGAGUUUCACGAAGAGCCCAAAACCUAUUACGAACUCAAAAGUCAACCUCUGAAGAGCAGCAGUUCUGCAGAGCAUCCUGGGGCCUCCAAGCCUCCGAUAAGCUCCUCCAGUAUGACAUCACGCAUCUUGCUACGCCAGCAACUCAUGCGUGAGCAGAUGCAGGAGCAGGAGCGCAGGGAGCAGCAGCAGAAGCUGCAGGCGGCCCAGUUCAUGCAACAGAGAGUGCCCGUGAGUCAAACACCAGCCAUCAACGUCAGUGUGCCCACCACCCUGCCCUCUGCCACCCAGGUGCCGAUGGAAGUCCUCAAGGUGCAGACCCACCUUGAAAACCCCACCAAGUACCACAUACAGCAAGCCCAAAGGCAGCAGGUAAAGCAGUACCUUUCUACCACUUUAGCAAAUAAACAUGCCAACCAAGUCCUGAGCUUGCCAUGUCCAAACCAGCCUGGCGAUCAUGUCAUGCCACCGGUGCCGGGGAGCAGCGCACCCAACAGCCCCAUGGCUAUGCUCACACUUAACUCCAACUGUGAAAAAGAGGGAUUUUAUAAAUUUGAAGAGCAAAACAGGGCGGAGAGCGAGUGCCCAAGUAUGAACACGCAUUCGCGAGCGUCAUGUAUGCAGAUGGAUGAUGUAAUUGAUGACAUCAUUAGCCUGGAAUCAAGUUAUAAUGAAGAAAUCCUGGGCUUGAUGGAUCCUGCCCUGCAAAUGGCAAAUACGUUACCUGUCUCUGGAAACUUGAUUGACCUAUAUGGCAACCAAGGCCUUCCACCCCCUGGCCUCACCAUCAGCAACUCUUGUCCAGCCAACCUUCCCAACAUUAAAAGGGAGCUCACAGCGUGUAUUUUUCCCACAGAGUCUGAAGCAAGAGCAUUGGCCAAAGAGAGGCAAAAAAAGGACAAUCACAACUUGAUUGAACGAAGAAGAAGAUUCAACAUAAAUGACCGCAUUAAAGAACUAGGUACUUUGAUUCCCAAGUCAAAUGAUCCAGACAUGCGCUGGAACAAGGGAACCAUUUUAAAAGCAUCUGUUGACUAUAUCCGAAAAUUGCAACGAGAACAGCAGCGAGCAAAAGAACUUGAAAACAGACAGAAGAAAUUGGAGCACGCUAACCGGCAUUUGUUGCUCAGAAUUCAGGAACUUGAAAUGCAGGCUCGGGCGCAUGGGAUUUCCCUCAUUCCGUCCACGGGUCUCUGCUCUCCAGAUUUGGUGAAUCGGAUCAUCAAGCAAGAACCUGUUCUGGAGAACUGCAACCAGGAACUCCUGCAGCGCCAUGCAGACCUCACUUGUCCCACAACCCUUGAUCUCACAGAUGGCACCAUCACCUUCAACAACAGCCUCGGGACUGGGACCGAGAGCAGCCAAGCCUACGGUGUCCCGACCAAGAUGGGAUCCAAACUGGAAGACAUCCUGAUGGACGACACGCUUUCUCCCGCAGGCGUGACAGAUCCACUCCUCUCGUCAGUGUCUCCUGGAGCUUCCAAAACAAGCAGCCGUCGGAGCAGUAUGAGCAUGGAAGAAACGGAACAUGCUUGCUAGCCAGUCCUGCCUGCCCUUGUGUCCUCACAGACUGCUUCUUAUCUUGAUCUGUAGAUUUAAUAAUUUACCUGAAGGGGUUUUCUUGAUAAUUUUCCUUUAAUAUGGAAUUUUUUUCAUGCUUUAUGGAUAGCCCAGGAUAUGUUUUAUUUUUAGAAUUUUGUGAAACGGACUUGUAUAUUCUAUUUUACAACUACAAAUGCCUCCAAAGUAUUGUACAGUAAGUGUGCUGUAUCUGUGAACUGAAUUUGCCACAGACUUUAGCUUUCUGAGCAAGCAAGAGGAGUUUGCAUCAGACAUGCCUGUCCAUUUUUAUUCAGGGGAAAACUUGAUUUGAGAUUUUUAUGCCUGUGACUUCCUUGGAAAUUAAAUGUAAAAUUUAACUGAGAGAAUGGGAAGUAACCAGAAGAAGACAAUGAGAAAGUAAGGAGAGAGAAAGAGACAGGAAUCCAUCUUCUCUUUCAUUUUAUAAAUGUAUUGAUUCAUUGGGACUGCCUUAAAGAUACAGUAUCCUUCUAGCAUCCUUUAGUCUUUAUACUGAAAACUAUUUAAAGAACUACUAUAUUAUGUAAAAGACCAAAAAAUAAUAAUAAUAAAAAGGAAAGCUAGAGCAGCCAUUUUCAUGAGGGUUGUCCUGUCAGGAAACAUGACUGAUUCCCACACAAGGUGAAGGGCGUUAGACCCGGGCUCUGAAACAGCCAGGUCUUCCCAAUGUGCUGUUACAGUUUUCUUCUUUACUGAAUUGAUGAAUGUCAUUUAAUUUUUCACAAAGAUGGACUUUAUUUUGAAACAGGAAUGAAUGUCCUCUCCAAGUACAAUAUUGAGGAGCACUGAAAAUUUGUUUUGCUUUUUUUUCCAUUUUUGAUUUUGAUAAGACAACUGAACUGGGCAUAUUUCUAAUUGGCUUUGCUAUUUUUAUUUUUAAAUUAUGUUUUAGUGUUCAUUUGAUUUGUACAGAUUCUUUAUUAUCAUUCAUUCUUUUCAAUAUGUUUGUAUUAAUUUGUAAGAAUAUGCAUCUUAAAAUGGCAAGUUUUCAAUAUUUUUACAACUCACUGGUGGUUUUCUGCAUUCUUUAUACACCCAUGAAAUAGAAAACUUUUAUGCAAGGUCUUGCGUUUAAAGAGAGCUUUGCAAAUAUUUUGUAUAUUACAAUCUCAUUCAGAACUGUUUUUCAACACACAUUUAAGGUAUAAGUAGGUUAGAACCAAGCUUUCUAGCAGGAAUUAACUUACAUAUUUAUUUUUAGGAUAUAAAAAUAGCAAUAUUCUUGGAGCCAUAACCAUGGCAUUCUACACCCAUGAUGAUCAUUUAAAUUGGGGUUUUAUUUUAGCAAACUUGCUGAAAUUUUUUAAAGCGAUAAAAUACUGUAUUGGCAAAUUACUGUUACUUGAUAACAAUGUUUUAACAAGCAGCAGUGUUGUAAAUGUAGUUUCAGUGAAUUAUCUACUUGUAUAGCCCUAUGCAAUAACAGUAGUGUUACACGUAUCAAGCCUAGACAUUUUAUACAGAUGUCACAUAGUGUUAGGAACCAGGCUGUUGAAUAGGAUUGCUCAGAAGCAGCCUGCAAUUGAAUAGUGACUGACAUAAAGCAUAUCCAUUCAGAAUGAAGUGCCUUAAAUAUAGUAGUAGUCUUUCAGGACUAGCACUGACUGAACUGUAAUGUAAGAGAAAGUUUCAAGGUGGUAUUAGUAGUUGAGAAGAACAUGUAGCAUGGUGCCUAUGUAGACAAUAUAAGAGCUUCCAAAUUUCAUUCAGAUAUUUUUAAUAUUAAAUAUAUUUUAGUGACAGAGUGCCAACUUCUUUCAUCAGGAAACCUUAUUCAGGAGGCUUUAAAAAAAAAAAAGGUGUUUCAGUGUCAAAUGUGAAUGGGUGAUGGAGGGAUUAGAAAUAAGGAAUGAGUGUCAGAUGUUGGAAUAAUGGGUUAAGUGAACAAUAAUCAGUUGCAUCGAUCCCAUGCACAUUGGUCAAUGAAGAUCAUUGGAAACACUGAUGAUGCUAUCAGUUUUAUAGCUUUAUUAAGGGGGUCGGGAAAGUUAGCUCCCAUUCUUUCAACUCCCUUACUUGUAUAGCUCUUUUCCUAGAAUAGCAGUGCAAAUCUGCAUGGACAGCUUAAUUGUACCAUAGUAUUCAUUGAUACAAUCAUAGCCUUGUCUAUUUUUCUCAUCAUAUUUAUAUAGGGGGAGGGGCUAGGUGCAAAAGCCGAAGAUCCUAAUACUGGGAUGAUGGACUUCCUUAGCUGCUUUUGAGAGUUUCUAAAAAUAGAACAAAAUUGAGUGAUCCAUGGCUGAGGGAAUAUGGCCAUGGGUAGGCAACCACAUAAAAAGCUUUGUGGAGAGGAAGUAUGGCAUUUUCUACCACUGCCCUGUCUUGCAACUCCUAUGCUUGUCAUUGCCUGUUUUACCAUUCCCUUCUUUUUAAAAGACAAUUUUGGGGAGUGGCAGGUGAGCAAGUCUAGGAGAAUUGCUAAAACUUUGGGGGUGGUUUUAUUUAUUUAUUUUUUUUGCCAAAUAGAUUGUGGAUUUGUCUUAGGGACUGGUUAAGUGAAGAGACAGUGGUUUGGCCUUCUUGUUUGUAACAAGACAAUGAUCUGCACCACCUCCCCCAUGCCCCUGGGUGCAGAAUUGUGACUUGGGGUUGGGCCUCUAUGCAGAGAGUCCAAUAUGCCAAAUUGUUCACCUGCCUCUGCAUAAGGCAAUGGAAAUACCAAACCUUCUGACUUUGCCAAAAAUAUACAACCAACCUAACAUGGUCAUACCUAAGAUGACAGAGUCCCUUGCGGUUGUUUUUAAACAAUAAAGCAAUAACAACAACAAAAUAGGAAGUAAAAAGAUAUGAAGCACAAAGGCAUGCACUUAUGAAUAUUUUUGAAAAAUGCACUGGGGAGAAGUUUUAUGUUGAUAACAGUAUAAAAUAAACCCUAUUUCUUGCUUAAAAAAAAAAAAGACAAAUGACUGUCUCUUACGGACGCUUGGUACUGUAAUGUUAAUAAUAGCUGCCUGCUGUUGUUUGCAGCAGUAAUUUCUGUAUGGUCCAUAGCACUGUAUUUUAUGGAUCAAUAUUCAUGUAUCCAAUGAAACAAUUGAACUGUUGUUCUUGAUAGCCUCAUUAAAGCAUUUGGUUUUUCACACA